AUGCCUCACGCGACAGAUACCGAGUACCACCAUAUAACGAUCAAGCCGCUCGCGCCAACGUUUGCAGCCGAGGUCUCUGGUGUGGAUUUCUCGAAGCCAGUCGAAAAAGAGGUAUUUGACGAGAUCCGUCGAGCCAUCGUCGACUAUGGAGUGCUCGUAUUCCGCAACGCCGGGCUCGACGAUGCACGACACGUCGCCUUCGCUGCCCUCUUCGGCGAACUCGACGACAUCAAGCCAUAUUUGACUCUGGGUCGCAAGAACAGAUUUCCCUUCGACGAGCUGUUUGACGUCUCUAAUCAGGAGGACGACGGGUCGCUGGUGAAAAUAGGAACUCAACGCCAUCACAUGGGCCUGGGCAAUUCGAUAUUCCACGUGGACUCAAGCUUCAAUCCCCGACGUGCCGGCUACAGCCUGCUCCGUGCCCACCAACUGCCACCCCGGGGCCACGGCGGCAACACCGACUUCGCCGACACGCGCACGGCGUAUGAUGAGCUGCCAGAGGACCUGCGUGCCGACCUGCUUGAGAACGCAUACAUCGGGGCACACAGCUUGAUGCAUUCACGCAAGAAGGCGGCGCCCAAGGACAGCCCGUGGCUCAAGGACGUCGACCCGGAGAAAUUCCCAUUUGGACGGCACGACGUGGUGCAGACGCACCGGCCAAGCGGGCGCCAGAACCUGUACAUCGCCAACCACAUGCACCACCUGGAGUACAAGACACCCAAGUCGGCUGACUUCGUGGCCACGCCAGCCCAGCCCUUCGAGCGCGUCCCCGAGCCACAGGGCACCGAGCUCAUCGAGCGGUUGCUCGCCCACGCCGCGCAGCCCCGGUACGUCGUCAGUGUCGAGUGGGAGAACGAGGGCGACUUGGUCGUGUGGGACAAUACCUGCGUCAUGCACAAGGCAGGCGAGGGCACCUUCAUGGAAAAAUACGCCCGCGACAUGCGUCGGUGUACCGUGCACGACGGCAGUGUAGACGCAUGGGGACACAAUGAGAGGACCACCAAGAGGAUGGGUCUGCCAUGA